GCUCACAGGUAGCAAUUUCGCACCAGUACGCAAUUAAUGUGAUAAUGCCCAAAUAUUACAAUGUAAAUAUAAGUAUUUUUCCAUAUACAAUCAAUUUUUGGGUGAAUGAACCCGGUAUUUUGAUUUUUAAUUAGCUGAUUUGUCAAAUAGUUGUGCCUAACAGACGUCGACGAGGAAUUAUUUUUUACGGCCAGAGUGGAAGAUGGCUGACAGCGGGUCGCUCGCACCGAGACGAUGCGGCUCUGGUAAUCUGCCCUCUGCUAGUAUGGACUCAAUCGCAGCGCUGACGGAGCUGGAGGACCUGGAGAAAGUUUAUCAGCAACUAUGUGUUGAGGAGGAAGCAGUGGAGGCUGAGCUGGACCAGCUGGUGGGCCAGGAAGGAACUAUUCACACAAAAAUGCUGGCCCUUCAAAGAAUGGGGCCCAACCUACAGUUGAUUGGAGGAGAUGCCAGCCAGCUGUCAGGCAUGAUCACAUUUACCUGCAGCCUAGCAGAGAAUGUCAGUCGCAAAGUCAGACAGCUAGAUCUAGCAAAGACACGACUAUAUAAUGUCAUCCAGCGUGCUGAUGACAUACUUGAUCUGAAGUUCUGUACGGAUGGCGUGCAGACAGCUCUGCACAAUGAAGAUUACGAACAGGCAGCUGCUCACAUCCACAGAUACCUUUCUCUGGACCAGUCUGUCAUUGAGCUGAGCAGGCAGGGAGAAGAAAGUAGUGCUGUGGAUGCCAGUCUGUUACUGCUACAAGAGGCUGAGCAGAAACUGAAGGUUAUUGUCGCCAAAAAGUUGGAUGAAGCUGUGGCUGCAGUUGACCUUCCCCAGGUGGAAAGGUUUUUCAAGAUCUUUCCUCUGUUGGGCCUCCACCAGCAGGGCCUCGCUCGCUUCGGACAAUAUCUCUGCAGUCAGCUUGCCUCCAAAGCUGAUGAGAACCUGCUGUUGGCAACAGGAGGAGACUUAAACGACAAAAGAGCUCCACUCGUAUUUGCAGAUACUCUGACACUUUUGCUAGAAGGCAUUGCUCGCGUCGUUGAGACGCAUCAGCCCAUCGUAGAGACGUAUUACGGUCCAGGCCACCUGUAUACUCUCAUUACACAUUUGCAGCAAGAAUGUGACCAGCAGGCACAAAAGAUAGUGGACAAGUUCAUUCAGCAGCGGGGAUACCGCAACAAGUUUCAGGUUGUCCAAAGCAGCAUGAUGAAGAGCAUGCCUGGGGAGAGGAUCGAGCCCAGAGAGUUGGAUCCUGUAUUAGCAGAAGUCACCUUAAUGAAUGCUAGGGCGGAGCUUUACUUGCGUUUUCUGCGUCGGCGUAUGUUGGCAGACUUUGAAGUUGGCGAUGCUCAGAGUGUCACACCAGAGCAUCAGCGGAACGUGGAGACGCUGCUGAAACAUUGCGUGCUCAGCAGGAACAUGCAGGAGCUGAUCGGCUAUUACGUACCAAUGGAGGAAUACUACAUGAGGGAGUCUGUAAACAAGGCUGUUACAAUGGAUACCUAUGAGAAAGGUCAGCUGACUUCCAGCAUGGUGGAUGAUUGCUUCUACAUCGUAAAAAAGUGCAUCAGUCGAGCUCUUUCCAGCUCCAGUAUCGACUGCCUGUGUGCAAUGAUCAACCACGCCAACUCAGUGCUGGAAUCCGACUUCAGGGAGGUGCUGUACAAUAAACUGCGCCAGGGCUUCCCUGCGACCACGCUGCAGGACAUCCAGCGUGGCGUCAGUAGUGCCGUCAGCCUGAUGCAGAGCAGCUUGCAGCAGGGAAAGUUCAACACAGAGUUCAACAUCGAGAGCACUGAAAAUGCCAAAGCUGCCUUUUUGGUGACUCUCAACAAUGCUGAAGUAUGCAGCGAGAACGUCUCCACUCUGAAGAGAAACCUUGAGAACGACUGCUCCAAGCUGUUCAGUCAGGGGCCCGGUUCUGGUGACCAAGCCAAGAUCGAAAGCUGCUUGUCGGACCUUGUCAACACAUCUACAAAGUUCAAGGACCUUUUGCAGGAGGGCCUGACUGAGUUGAACACAACAGCCAUAAAGCCUCAAGUCAAACCCUGGAUCAGCUGCUUCUUGUCCAUCUCACAUAACAUAGAGGAGGAGGAAUUUAAUGAUUACGAAGCAAACGACCCCUGGGUGCAGCAGCUCAUCGUUAACUUGGAGCAGCUGAUGGCGGAGUUCAAGACCGCUCUAUCACCUGUAAUCUACGACACGCUGACCAGCCUGAUGACCAGCCUCAUAUCCAUUGAGAUGGAGAAGACGGCGCUCAAGUGCUCCUUUAGCAGGCUUGGUGGGCUGCAGUUUGAUAAAGAGCUUCGUUCCCUCGUGGCUUAUCUCACCACUGUGACCACCUGGACCAUCAGGGACAAGUUUGCUCGCCUCACACAAAUGGCCACCAUCCUCAACCUGGAGCGGGUAACGGAGAUCUUGGACUAUUGGGGACCAAACUCCGGCCCCCUGACGUGGCGUUUGACCCCAGCAGAGGUGCGUCAGGUUCUGGCUCUGCGCGUGGACUUCAGAAGUGAGGACAUCAAGAGGCUGCGACUGUGACGUGCUGUGCCCACUCUUGUGAUGCACGUCACAAAAGACAAUUCAGGUUUGAUCCUCGUUUUUUGAAACGGAGACUGCCUGAGGUCAAGCAAACUGUGGACGAUUAAAUCUUUGCGCCCGGGAGACGUUGAAAUGUAAGUGAGCGCUGUUAAAGAUGAGCACGUGUAAUUAAGAAGUCUUUAAUUGUGGGAGUUCCGACCUUGUAAAGUGUAACGGUGAGAAAAGAGGACACUCGGCAACAGAGGAGCAGAGCGGUAAUGAACAUGGCUGCUAUUAACGUGACAGAAACAGGUCAGACAACUGAUCCCACCUCAUCAUUCAAUAAAGGAAUGGCUGCUCGUCUGACAGGAUGAAACACUUUUAACCUAAUAAAUCGAGACACGCUCUCGCCGCGUUUUCUCUACAUUCAUCCUGAUUGGAUAAAGUGUUUCGCCAUUGAGUGAAGCCACGCAAAAGCUGCUCCCAAUCUCUUGGGAACAUGCUUGCGCAAUGACACACAAUGCAGCAUUAAAAGUGCUCCAUUCUCAUAUUGCCGUACCUGACCUGAAUUCUAUUGAAAGCAUCAACACAGGAAUAGUUAGGAAAAGUGUAGCUUUAAUGUAAACACAACAUUCGAUUGGCUCAGCACAAACAUUCCACAUGAGAGCAACCAAAGAACUACAGAGUAAGAUGGGGGUUGGGGGGUGCAUCACAAAAACAUUCACAGUAAAAAAAAUCUGGUAUAAUCGUAAUAUAUAUAUAUACAAUACGGUGCUUUUAAGGUGAGGAUGGUUGACGUGAGAGGAGCGGGGAGGUGGAUUUCAGGGUGCAAAGGGGAAAAUGGAGAGCUGUACUUUUUCUCUGUGAAAAGGGAAACAUGGCAGAUGGGAUGGAUACUGUUUUGAGCUGUCAGGAGCAAGGCUUAGAAUACAAUAAAGCAAUCUGCCCCUGA